AUCACACAACCCAACUUCCUGCCCAUCCCCUCGAGACGAAAGGGAACACGAAGCUUCGCCGGCCGUCCGCCCGCCAGCCAUGUCUCCGCCGUCGCUGUGCGCCGCAUCCUGCUCCGCCCCACUCCGCGCCUGCCCGACCUCUCUCCCGCGCUCCCGCCGCGCCGCGGCAUCCGUCUCCGCUUCGCGCGCGGCGGCGGCGGCCGUCUCCGACGACCUCGUCCUCCGCAUCGCCGAGCAGCUGGAGGACUCGGCGUCGUCUUCCCCGCUCCUCGACCCGCUCCGCUCCGCCUCCGCGCUCUCGCUCCUCUCCACGCCCUGGCCCACCCGCCGCUCCAACGAGGCCUUCCGCUUCACCGACAUCUCCUACCUCCGCUCCCUCCCCAUCUCGCUCCCCUCCCAAACCCCCUCCUCCGCCCCUGCGCCGCCGCCUUCCUCCGACUUGGGAUCAUCCCACAUCCGCUUCUCCGAUGGCCUCCUCGUCUCCGCCACCGGCGCCCACGCCGCCGCCCUCGCCGACCUGCCCCCUGGCCAGGCCCGGGACCGGGCCGCCGCCGCCCUCGCCGCCUCCGCGGAAUUCGCCCACAGGGACCUCUUCUACGACUUCAACGCUGUCGGCUCCAGUGACGUCGCCGUCGUGUACGUGCCCGAGGGGGCCAAGAUGACCGACGACCCGGUCCACAUCUCGUUCGCUUACAGCGGCAGCGAUGGCGCGAGCAUGAUGAUGUCGAACCCGAGGGUUCUGGUGAUAGCGGAGAAGGGGGCGGAGGUUGCCAUCGUGGAGGAGCAUUUUGGGAUUGGGGAAGAGGAUGAUGGCGCGUGCUAUUGGGCCAACCCGGUGGUGGACAUCGUCGUGGAGGAGGGUGCUAGAGUGGUUCAUUCCUAUGUGCAGCGGCAGUCAUCCGCCGCCGCGCAUACCAAGUGGACCACCGUCCAGCAGAAUACAUCCAGUAAAUAUGAGUUUGUUGAGGUCAGCACCGGAGCAAGACUGAACAGGCACAAUCUCCACAUCCAACAACUUGGUCCUGAGACUAUCACGGAACUGUCAACAUUCCAUUUAACGUCUCAGAAUAAGCAGAUACAUGAUCUGCAUAGCAGACUAAUACUUGAUCACCCCAGAGGAUAUUCGCGGCAGCUCCACAAAAUGAUUGCAUGUGGUACAGGAAAUGGUAUUUUUGAUGGAAAUAUUAAAGUCAACAGGUAUGCACAGCAAACUGACGCAGGGCAACAAACAAAGUGUCUUCUCCUCUCACCAAAGGCUGUUGUGAACGUCAAGCCAAACCUUCAAAUUAUCGCCGACGAUGUCAAAUGCACACAUGGAGCUGCCAUCAGUGGCGAUCUCGACCCAAACGAGCUCUUCUACUUCCAAGCGAGAGGCGUCGAUGUUAAAACAGCAACUGAUGCUCUGCUUUUCUCGUUUGGAGCCCAAGUGAUAAACCGCAUCCCUUUUAAGCCCGUAGAGCAAAAGGCAUUAGCACAGCUCAAAGAGUUGCUUACCCUGUCAAGACAAAGCAAUUGAUGAGACCCUGAGGUGCUCUUCGAGGUAGUUCAACGCAUUUUGGUUGAGAUGGGAAAGAGUAGGGCGAGAACUCAACGCUACAAAGAUUCCAGUGAAACAAGGUGAGGCGCGAUAGCUAUGUUUGCUAACUGAGAAGAAAUACCACUCUAGCCUUUUUCAAAUUCAGCAUAUUAUUUGUAAAUUACUUGUUUAUCCCUAUCGAGAGCUAAAGAAUGCAAGCUUUUUAUAUAGUAUAGGUGUUUCAUCAGAGUAAACUUGUCUCUUUUUGUUUUUCCUGUGAAGAAUACACUACAGCUGGGUGAAACAGGACAUGUAAAUCUUUCUUCGUUUAGCCUCUGGAUUCCCAUUAUUUAUCUGAAUACACGUUCAAGAUAA